AUGAAAGUUUGUGUGAAAUGUACUCACAUUAUUUCCUUCUUUCCAAGAAGCCACCUCCACCACAUGGAACUGAGCAACAAAACACAAAUUUCAGAAUUUCUUCUCCUGGGAUUUUCAGAGAGACCAGAACUGCAGCCCCUCAUAUUUGGGCUUUUCCUCUCCAUGUACCUGAUCACUGUGUUUGGAAACCUGCUCAUAAUUUUGGCCAUCAGCACAGACCCCAACCUCCACACACCCAUGUACUUCUUCCUCGCCAAUCUGUCCUUCGUAGAUAUUUGCUUCACCUCCACCACGAUUCCAAAGAUGCUGGUGAACAUCCAGACUCAGAGCAAAGUCAUAACUUAUGAGGACUGCAUCACACAGAUUUAUUUUCUCAUUCUCUUUGCUGUACUGGACGUCUUCCUCCUGAGUGUGAUGGCCUAUGACCGGUUUGUGGCCAUCUGUCACCCCCUGCACUACAUGGUCAUCAUGAACCCCCGGCUCUGUGGGCUGCUGGUUCUGGUGUCCUGGAUCAUGUGUGUCCUGAAUUCCCUGUUACAAAGUUUAAUGAUGUUGCGGCUAUCCUUCUGUACACACUUGCAUAUCCCCCACUUUUUUUGUGAACUCAAUGAGAUGCUCCAGCUUGCCUGUUCUGACACCUUUCUUAACAACGUGGUGAUGUAUCUUGCAGCUGUCCUGCUGGGUGGUGGUCCUUUUGCUGGGAUCCUUUACUCUUAUUCCAAGAUAGUGUCCUCUAUACGUGGGAUUGCAUCAGCUAAGGGCAAGUAUAAAACGUUUUCCACCUGUGCGUCUCACCUGUCGGUCGUGUGUUUAUUUUACUGUACGAUGCUUGGUGUGUACCUCAGCUCUGCUGCUACCCAGAGCUCCCACUCAAGUGCCACAGCCUCGGUGAUGUACACGGUGGUCACGCCCAUGCUGAACCCCUUCAUCUACAGCCUGAGGAACAAAGACAUAAAGAGUGCUCUGAAAAGAAUUUUUUGGGUUCAAGUGAUGUAAUGGCCAACUGUCUUGGGGUUGGAGACAUGUGCAUGAUUGCAGGGCAGAGCCUCAGAACCAAGAACUGCUCUUCCUUGAAUAGACUUUGGCAGGAGAAUCUGCUCCUUCUGUUUUUCUCCUGGAAUUUCCACUUGUUUGCUUUCAACUUCUCUAUACAUUUAAGGA